UAAUGAUUUUAUGCAUUUGUACCAUCUAAAUAUAUAAGUAGUGGUUUUCUGUUUUAAGUACGUCUCUGUGUAUUGACUUAUUUUAAGAUUUAAGUAAAAGGAUGACAGGUGAUGCAGUGUGGAGGCUAAAGUGGCUAUAAAUAAUCACAACUUAACUAGAGAUAACGCCCAGUUUAUGUUGGAGUUUCACAUCGUUUAGUUGCUGUUUUUACUUGUUUAACCUGCAAGAUGGAUCCUGACUUGAUUGAAGAUGAUUCCAUCAUGUUUUCCAAUGAUAAACUGGAGAAAUUACUUAAAGAAAGUGGUUUACCACUAGAAGAAGUCUUUAAAAAGUACAUCGAGGGCUUAAAAUAUGAGACAAUCAAAGAUUUUCCACUUGGUACUUCGUGGUUCAACACAAAGGAACCCCUGUCUUUUAAGAAACAUCUGAAGGGAAAGCUGGUUCUCUUAGAUUUUUUACAUACUGUUGCAUUAAUUGCAUGCAUAUCCUGCCUGAUCUAAAAGAGAUUGAACAUACUUUCUCAGUUGAAGAUGGUCUGGUAGUCAUUGGUGUACACAGUGCCAAGUUUACCAAUGAAUCUGUAGCGGAUAAUGUGAAGAAUGCAGUUAUGAGGUACAAUAUUGAGCAUGCAGUUGUAAAUGAUGAUGGUGCUAAGAUGUGGCAGCAAUGUGGGAUUAAUUGCUGGCCAUCAUUGUUGCUCAUCAGUCCUGAAGGUCAACCACUGGUGUUGCUCAUGGGCGAAGGCCACAAGGAGACUUUGAAAGUUUAUAUUAAGCAUUUCCUGGCUUAUUAUAAAGAUAAAUUGUCACAUAAAAGUCUUCCUAUAAGUAAGACAGUUGACAGUAUUCAACACAAUGAGAAUUUAAUGUUUCCUGGCAAGAUUAAGUCUUUUGCAAACAGGUUGUGCAUUAGUGACUCUGGCAACAAUAGAUUAAUAUUUAUUGAUGACUACGCUGAUGAAAAUAUUAAGUCUAAUGUUGUGAUUGUUGGCAGUGCAUGUGGAGAGAUUGGCAUGCAUGAUGGGGAAUUUACAAAUGCUUUGUUUAAUCAACCACAGGGUGUUUGUUUCCUCAAUAAAGAUAUCUGCUUUGUGGCUGAUACAGAAAACCACGCGAUUAGGAAGAUUGAUUUUACAUCUGGUACGGUUUCUACCAUUGCUGGUAAUGGUGUGCAGAGUAAUGAUACCGAUGGUGGUAAAAUUGGCACGCAACAAGGGAUUUCCAGCCCUUGGGACUUGGAAGUUUUCAUUACUGAUGAAAGGAAAUCAGUUUUGUUGAUUGCUAUGGCCGGCACACAUCAGAUUUGGGCCGUGUUCAUGGAGGAUACAAAAUGGUGGAAAGGAAAGGAAUACAAAGCUGGUACAGUUGUAUGCAUUGCUGGGUCUGGAAACGAGGAAAACCGCAAUAAUAACUAUCCGAAUAAAGCGGCUUUCGCGCAACCCUCUGGUUUAGCGUUGUUUCAACAAGAGAAGAUGGUGUACAUCGCGGACAGCGAGAGUUCCAGCGUGAGGAGAUUGGAUUUAAGAGAUGGGAAGGUCAGCGGUGUGGUUGGAGGCGAUAAGAAUCCAAAUAAUUUGUUUUCGUUUGGUGAUGUGGAUGGCGUCUCAACCGAAGGGAAACUACAACACUGCCUGGGUCUUGCCAGAGGAGCAACUGCAAGAAAUGCGCAUAAACUUUUUGUUGCGGAUACUUAUAAUCAUAAGAUUAAGAUUGUUGACACGCGGAAAAAUCAUGUGAAGACUGUAAUAUCUCCGAAGUUUAACGAGCCUUGCGGUUUGUUUCAAAAUGGCGAUGGAAAACUUUAUGUCGCCGAUACAAACAAUCAUCAGAUAAAAAUCUGUACUUUGAAUGAAGACGAAAGCGAAAUUUUAAGCGUUUCUGUCUUUAAGUUAGACAAUAUUGAACUGCAGCCGUUAACUUCGGAUGUAAUUGUUAAUUCUGACAAAGUGUAUACACUUCCAGUUGUUAAUUGUUCAAAUUUAUCAAAUGGUGCAUUUAAUAUUCAUUUUAAUGUUGCGUUAGAUGAUAAUUUGCACUUUAAUGAAGAAGCACCACAGAAAUGGUCAGCGAAAGCAAAUCGUGGUGUUGUAAUGAUCACACCUGAAGGCGGUAAAGAUAUUCAAAGGUUUUCUGUAAAGUGUUGUAAUUUAUUGCGCAAUGAGAAGGAAACAAUUGGGAACAAUGAUGAGGUUUAUGUUAAGUUUCAACUGUACACUUGUUUGGGAGAUCUUUGUUUUAAUAAGCAGUUUAUUGUGAAAAUCCCGUUGAGGAUUACAGAUGAUCAAAAGAAAGGGGAAGAUGUUAAUGUAUCGGUUGUUAUCGGACGAAAUAAUGUUAAGGUGUCAAAUUAAAUGUAUAAGUUUUAUAAUAUAUUGAUUUUUACAUGAAUAAAUAUUGCUUUUAUUGAAA